AUCCAUAUGUCGCAGUCAAACGGUUUCAACAUCUUUACUGCGGAAUCUUACCGGUUAUCUCAAUUAUCUACCACAUUUCGCAAGUAAAUUAUAAGUUUACAAAUUGCUUCAAUAGUGACGUAACGCUAUGGAGAGUUGUAUAUAAUCACAUGGAAUCGGGUUGUCCUGCGUUGAUAAUGCCUUAUUGUUACGCACCCGGGUGCAAUCAUAUUUCUCGAAGAGAAACCUGCAGUUUCUUCAGAUUUCCUGCCGAUACAAAACUAUUCGAGCAGUGGAAAGCUCUUUGCCCGCUUAAAGAAAAGGAGCCUACUAAUGAAGACCGAUUGUGCAGUUGCCAUUUUAUUAAUGGUGAUAAAGCAAAUUUACCAACUGUAUUUGCAUAUAGUAAUGCAAGCAUUGAAUUCUCUGCAUCAUCAGAAACUAUUCUUGACAAUGCAACAUCAAAUGAUUUAAUGGAUCAGCCAACAACACAAACAGAUGAGUGGGAGUGCAGGGCUUGUCUUGAGAAAGUUGGUCCUACCACAAGCCUAGUCAAUCUUUUUGAUGCUUGGUCAUCACCAUGGGAAGGAAUGGAAAGUACUGUAGCUGAGGACCUUGCUAAAGUUGGACAUAUCAAGCUAUCAUCAACAGACCAACAUUCAAAGUUUAUCUGUAACACUUGUUACACAAAACUUCAGAAUGCGUGUACUUUCGUUGCAGUUGUACAAAAAAGUGAUAGAAUUCUUAGACAGAGGUUCCCUCAGAAUACAGAUUUAGACCCAGGUGAUGCCACCGUGUGGCCCAAACCUAUUCAACUAGACCAAAAUGUAAAUGAUACUUGUUUUGAAAUUCCCAUGGAUAUAGAAAUUAAACAAGAAGUACUGUCUGAUAAUGACUAUGGUGAGAAUGGAAAUGGAUGUUCUGAUACACUAUACAAGGAGUUAGCAGAUGCAGAAAUAAAAAUAGAGCCUGAGGAAUGGAUAAAACCACAACCUAUUAAGAUCAAUGGUACAUUUUCCUACCAUGAAGGAACUGAGCAUUCUGCACAGCCAAAUGGAAAUGAAAUGCUGGAAGAGUUUUUAGAUGCACCAUUGAAAGAGGAACCCACUAGUGAGGCAGACUCUGACCCUGUACCUAGUGACCUUCCUCUGGAGUGUAUGCUGUGCGCCAAGUCAUUCCACAGUGUAUCUGGGCUGAAGGCUCAUGUGAUAGCACAACAUUCCUACAAAUCAGUAAAAAGAAAAAUGGGGGGGAAACAAUCCCCAUCAAAGAAGAAGGAUAAAUACGUGUGCUCAACAUGUAAACGAAAUUUUGUAACAUCUACAGAUUUGAUGGUUCAUGAGACAUGCCACAACAAAGCCAUAUGCUACGGCUGCAACCAGAAGUUCGACUCAUUCGAACAGUUAUCCAGGCAUAGAGUGCGGUGUAAAGUAAUCACUACAAAAGACCUACCAAAGCCCAAGACACUGGAAGAUGUAAAACGGAUAAUAGCUGAGGAACACAAAUCCACUGAUGAUGAGGAUUUGCCGAAGGAACAACUCGAGUGUCACCUCUGCACAGAAAGGUUCAGCGAUUCAUACUACAUGAGAAUCCACCAAGAGAUCCACCACAGCAGCGAGCAGCCCGAGCCGGCCGCGGCGCCGCCGCCCGACGACAGCGCGCACCACAUGGACCCCGCCACACUUGAGAGCAUCUUCAGUGAAGAUAAAUAAAGUCGACAUAUGUACCAUAUUCUCAUAAAUUAACUAUAAUUACAUAGUUAGUUGUUUUACAAGGGGACAAAGAUGUUGUUUAACUCCUCGUGCUAAUAU